CUGUAAACUACUGAUCUCACUCCUGGAAAAGCUAGUGACAGGAUCUCCUGCUGGAUCCUUUGAAGAUCAAAACAACAAUAUUUCUCCUUGACCAAGAGCUCUUCUAUACAACCUUCAGGCAUAUUCUAAGGAACCGACAAUUUGUUAUGUCUAUCCUGUUAAGUUUAAAGCUUGAGGUUUCUUCUAGAUUCUCUAUUGUACCCUGGACAUCGUAUUCUUACUAUGUGUCAUAGGCGGAUUAUCGAAAUCGGAUGGAGUGGUUCAAGGGCGAAGUCUCGGACGCAAUUAAAUCCGUGAAAGAAGAGUCCAAAUUACUACUAGUUUUUAUUAAAGGGACUGACGAGGACUCUAGCUUUGUCUCCACCCAGUUCGACGACCAGGUUGGGGAAGUUUGUUGUAAUGUUGUGUGUGAGUAAUCAGUAUUCUGUAUAUUUUAAUUUACUGGGAGCCUAUUCUUUCACAACAUAUUUAAUUCUGUGUCAGUAUAUGUGCUGAAGUAAACGUUAUUUUAACAUUGUAAACUAACAUUUCGAGUUAUAUCAAACAACGGUUUCGCAGCAUAUAGAUUCUUAUACACCAAAAUACCUAUAUAAUUGUUAUUAGAUGGAUAUAUGAGGGAGUUGUGUUAGUUUAUCCUCUUUCCUCAAAUAGAUGAGUUGGAAGCAUACCGAUUGUCUCAAUAUUUGAGAAAUAUAGUUGGAGAUGCGAAUAAUAAUUCUUUCUGUUCCAAUGAAUAUGCUCUGCAUAUAUACUGAAAAAGCAUCUUUAAUAUUAUGACGUAAAGUUGUAAGCAACUGAAGACUAUGGAACAAAUGGAUCCGCAUUAUCCUGCUGCGUUCGUUCCUACUCUAGUUAAACUUAUCAAUGCCUUCAGUUAGAAGCUUCUUCUCAUGCUGCUGUUCAGUUUUCAGCAGUUUAUGCAGUCCUUACUGUUCCUUGUAUUUACCUCAUUGGUUCCACUGGGCAAGUAAUAGAUAUAAAGCUGGGUCGUAUUGAGAGUAAAAGUUUAGUGGACUGGAUAAAAAAGUCAGGAUUUGGACCAGUUAAUAACGUGAACUCAACUACUGCAAGCAAUAUAUCCGAGAAUGAGCUGCAUGAUGACACCGAACAGGCUUUUAGAUCAGAUAUGAUAGAGCCAUCAGUGUCAUCUAUGUCGGAGACUCAAAUUAGAAGUUGUGAACGACCUUUGGAAGAACGAAUAGAACGCGCUUAUCAACUAAUUCAGACUCAAAUACAACGCAAAGAAGAGGAAAUUAGUAAAAAGUCUGUUGAAGCCGAGAUUAAACGCCGAGAAGUAGGGAAAGCCAUGAAUGAGUUUAAGGUGAAAAAUUUAGAUUUAUCAUAACACUAGUCGUUUUUAAGUUGCUGAACAGAUGUUAGACAUAUGAUUCUUUACUUAACUUACUGCUUCUGGAGAACUGUCACUAUUUUUAGUAUGAAAAAUGCACUUUUUGUUUGUUUCCGCAAUGAUAAUUUAUAUUUUAAUUACUCAGAUUUACGUGACGUAAAUCGUGAUCGAUAAUUACAAUCUAUUUCAUUAAGUCCCACUCAAAGGUGGAUAAAUGACAUGCUCUUUAAUGCCCUGGUACGGCCGAGAGUGGUGAGAGUCAGCGCUCCCUCUCGAAAUGCUCUCACAUGGCCACUUGCAUACAACUACUGCCAGGGAGGUCCUAUUCACUGCCUUCUCGCGGCAGGGGUGUUAUUUACGGAAUUUAGAAGACGGCAAGCAAAUGUCCGGCGCUUUAACCGGUUCCGAAGGAUCCACCUAGAGGAGUCGGAAAACCCUGAUUCUAAACCAAUGGUGCACAUGGGCUCCAGGAUCUUAAGGAAACAAAUGGAGUAUGAACCUAUUGUUAGUCACUGGCUACCAUGGGACUGCAUCUCCUUAAGUUACUCCACUGCCUUGUGGACCAGACCUUUAGGUCAAAGGCUCUGGGUGUUGCCCCCCUAGGAAAACCAUCUUUAGUCUGGGCACCCUGGCAGUAUCACAGCCCUCACGUAAAUCAGUGAUAACUGCUACUGGUCUCAUUGUUAUUGUGUGGCGCAUAUGUACUUGGUGCCCCCUGUACCAUUGUUUAUGUGUUUACAUAAUGAAUAAUAAAUAAAUAAAUGACAUAUCAGGUUUUUUCGACUUCCAGUAUGAUUAAUUCAUGCACGUCACUCUAGCAUCUUUUAUAGGUCAAUUCAACAUAUUCUGUAUUCAGUACCUCGCUGUCAACAGCUCUCUUGUUGCUGUCUGUUAGUAAUGAGCGUUUUCUCUAAGUGAUCCAGAAUUCGCACUAACUACAUAGUUCUAAUCCUCAGUAUUUCAGUUCAUAACAUUUGUAAUUGAAAGAUAAAAUGUUUAAAUAACAAAGUGUAAAUAUGGUUUUUCCACAUGAAUCAGUUUUUGUCCAUGUCACAAAGAUUACGAACUGUUCUGAGUAAUGAAGUCUUUGAAACUUUUAAGUUUUAUUCGAUUUUCCAAUUACUGGAGCCUAGCGGUUCCCUCAGAUCUCACUUAUCGAUUGAAAAUUAUCCAUCUAGCUUCGACUUUGUAUCUUCAGCAGUUUAAUCAGAUAUGGCUCGACCGUAGCUGCUGCCUUGGCGUGGUGGUAGGGCUUGUCUGUGGUACUGAGUUAAUCGAGCUAUGUUGGUUGGAAGAUUGUGUCACUUAAAAAAAAGUGAGGGAAAAUUACAACACGAUUACCAUAGACUUCUGUCCUGAGCCACGUCUGAUAACGUUUCAAUUCACUGGGUUGCAUUAUCUCUCAGACACCAACUGGGAAGUCGUAAUGGACUGACAAGUCCCAGUCAUGUACAUACUUUAUCCAUACCCUGACACCAUGCCAUGAACUGACCACCUCUCCGCUUUUACCAACCAGUCCCAAUGUCGGCAAAUAAUGCACAAUGUGUGAUUCGUUGGGAUGACAUUAGUAGUACAUGUCCAAGCCACCGAAGUCGAUGUUUCAAGAUGGUGACACCAGUUGAAUUAUCGUCACUGUGGCCGAACACACCUUGCCGAACCUUCACACUAUUAAUAUGGUAUUGCGAUUGAAUGUCAGGAAUCGUUCGGAGACAGAUGAGGAAAAACAGAGAGAGUGGCUUAACAUGCUUAAUUUGGAGAGGUGGGGUUUUACAGGUGUAGAGUAAAACUUCUCCAACCGAUGCGUUGUAUGCGCGACACUUUUUAACGAGAUCAACAUCACGAUUGUAUGAAAGGAUUUGAAGAUUGGCAUAAACCGCUCUGGUUCACUGCACUUAAAUCGAACUCAUCACUCACGCAACCACCAGGACUCACACAACUCUACCAAUACACGAACGUUUCGAUUACUUUUAACUGCUUACCACCAAGAGUGAGUUAAGGUACUGAGUUCUGGCGGUCUUGUAAAAGUUUUUUGCAUUUAGAAUCAACAAAGUAUAUACCAUACCUAUGGACAUUGAUUAUUAACUGACUAAUAGCGAUUUGUGUGGCUUGAGUAUCAUCGCAUGGUAAGGCAUUAUUGUCCGCAUACUAAAGGUCGAGAAGGAUUUACUCAGAUAAAAGAUUUGCUCCCAUCUAAUCUGUUUCCAUAAUGUCGUUGAUGGUAAAAUUGAAGGUAAAUGGUGGUAUUGGGCAACUCUACCUAACCCUACUGUUUGGAUGAAUCUAUGCAUAGAGGUGGUUGUAUACACUUUACCUAAUCUGUUCGUGCACAGAGCCUUCAAGGUGUUAUUAAACUCCUCAGGCACAACUUUCUUCUACAAACAACCUCAUAGAACAGUCCUGUCCAGCAACUCAAAGUCGGCUUAGAUAUCAAGAGCUACAGCGAUCGUUGGGCUCCAAUAAUUAUGACGGCAGUCUAACAUGCGGUAAAAAAUGACGAUAUGAAAAAUUCAUCCACGACAAAAACAAAAACCAGACUAUUCGCGAGUCGAUCCUUCACGUAUUUUGAGUAGUUUGUGAAGUACGAUGGAAACCAAUAGUUUGAAUGGAAUUGGGAGUAGACGUAUCACCUGAUAGUUUUUACAUAAAUGACGUAAAUCCUUUUUAAAGAUAGGGAUAACGGUCACUUUAUUGCAGACUGUUGGAAUACUUUUUAAUUCCCAAACCCCGACCGUUGUCGCUACCUCGACGUGGUGGUCGGGCUUGCCUAUCGUGAUGAAGCAACCGAGCUAUACUGGCUGGAACAACCGUUCCUCAAGGUCCUACCAUGUCAGACAGGUCGGUUGAAGAGCAGUAAGACUAAAAGCAACAAACUUAAGGUCCGAAGGCGAAGUCGUACUACUGACUGUACAGAGGUGUGACAGCAGUAAGGUGUUUCCUUCAGACAACCAGUAUGACAGCGAUGCUGCCUUCCCACAAGGAGGGGUGGGGUUAGAAAAGGUCGACACUGAAAAAUGCACACCUCGCCUUAUCCCACGGAUAUCCAUCUCCGGCGGUAAGGUCUCAACAAGUACGGAGCUAACACAAAAAUUACCCAUGAAAAGGUCGUGUGUGACCGACCUCAAGCAGUUGUCCGUUGGGCACUGCGGUCACGUUCUCAGGUCACUAAGACCACCUCUAAUCCAAUUUCGUUUUCAGGUACUUCCAGAAGAACCCUUCCACGGUGUGGGUAACCGGGAAGUGAUAACCACCCUCAUACUUCUAACAGCACUGAAGACCAUUGUAUUCAUAAUCAACCUCCCUCUUCAAUUCCUAUUAUUCAUCCUACAUCGACUUUCAACUCUAAACUUCCUCUUUCGUCUUCCUCAAGUGUCACCAUAGCCAACGAUUCUAGUGCGCGAAACACUGUCCCAGAUCUACUGAAACCUCGCUCCAAACUAUACGUUGGAGCCCUCAACGUACGCACCCUAUAUCAAAUCGGUCAACAGGCUUCCUUGGUUAGAACCCUAUAUGAUAAACUAUCUACUUAUGAAAAAUAUUCCUCUCGCUCCAAAUAACAAUCAAGUGACUCGCAUUAUUAUUAUUAUUAUUAUUUGCUACGCCAUUAUUCACCCUCUUUUACUCCUACUCUGUCUAUACUUAUUUUUUCGACUUAUACAGCAGCUCGUCUAUGGUGGAAAUUCGACUGUAUCUAAACGUUCUCGAGUCACUGUCCGGUUGAAAAUUGUAUGUUACCAUCGAAUAUGAGUACUGAAGUAGUUUUUCUGAAAUCACAUGCACCAUUCAAACUGGCUGCCUUCAACGUUCGCACGCUUAUGCAGGUUGGACAACAGAUAGGGCUGGCUAUGUCUUUGGAAAGUCUUCAUAUCGAUGUUUGUUGUCUAUCCGAGACCCGUAUUCAAGACUCUGGUGAAGUACUACAAAUUCGCGCUCCAUCUGUCGCUUCGAAAAGCUUGUUUUAUGUGCGCUUAUCCGGGGACCCUGUGGCAUCUUCGUCUGGUCUUGCUGGCGUUAGUGUCGCACUAAGCGCUAGAGCUGAGGCAGCACUAGUCGAUUGGAUCCCCAUUAACAGUCGGUUAUGUGCUGUUAGAUUAGAGAGUUCCAUCAAAGUGAGAAGAAAUCGGCGUGAGAAACGAUGUCUUUUCGUCAUCUCCGCCUAUGCCCCGACAGAUUGCAGCCCGGAUGCAAUCAAGGAUGGGUUUUACCACCAGUUAUCUGUUCUUCUCCAGAAAGUGCGUUCGAUAGAUAUUGUAGUACUAGCCGGAGACUUGAAUGCUCAGGUCGGACGUCUAGGCACAGAAGAGAGUCGUUUAGGUGGCCGAUGGGGACUUGUUAGUCGCAGGACAGAUAACGGGGACCGUCUACUGCAACUGUGCACAGACUACAACCUGUUUCUGGCUAGCACUAACUUUCGGCACAGUCAUCGCCGAUGUGCCACCUGGCGUCCUCCCUCUGCAUCUCAAGCCUGGACUCAGAUUGAUCACAUUGCGAUCAGCUACCGCUGGCGUGGUUGUGUACAAGACUGCCGCUCCUUUUGGAGUACCUAUCUGGACUCUGACCAUGCCUUGGUCUGCGCCAAUCUUACCUUACUUUUCAGUGGACGACGAAGUGACCGCCACCAACGGAUUGAUGUUAGCAAGCUGGUUGCAACUUCUGUUGCAAGUAAAUAUCGAACCGAGCUAGCUUCUAGGCUAGCUACCAUUCCACCGAAAAGUAUGGAUGAGCAUUGCUUGCAAUUGCAUGACGCCAUGAAAAUGGCGGGUACAGUCAGCUGUGGGUUCGCGAAACGUCCCGCAUAUAAGCACUGGGUUUUUCUGGUCCCUUACAACUCAUUGAAGCCCGUCGGUCUACUCCGAGUGACCGUGAGUUUGACCAUAAACGAAGCAUGUUACGUAAUGAAAUUGGGCAAAGCUUGCGUAAGGACCGAGAAGCCUGGUGGUCGAAGCGUGCUUAUGAGCUGGAAGCAGCAGCUGCAUCUGGUAAUUACCGGGAGCUCUUCCAACUCAUCCGAGCCACUGGCAGCAAGAAGUCUGGUGUGAGUGAAACAGCGAAACAGUGAAAUCUAUCAGUGAUUUAAACCCCAGGGUUACAAAGAACCGAUGGAUUUCUUCAAGGUCUAUUGCACUGAUGGAUCCUCGUAAACUCAUCCCAUCAGGCACUGAACACGAUGAAGAGCAUAAAGAAAUCAGAUCUAGGUUAAGCAAUAGUCUAAGGAACGACCGUGAGCAGUGGUGGUCAACGAAAGCAAAAGAGAUGGAAAAGGCGGCGGCUAUAGGGAACACAAGACAGCUCUACAGACUAGUAAAAGAAACUGGAAUUAAUAAGUCAAAUGUAAGUCAGACUAUUUCGGAAAAAGACGACACUCUCAUCUGCUCGCAGUCCAGACGUUUAGAACGAUGGGCGGAACAUUUCAGAGGACAGUUCAACUGGCCUUUAGCUACUCUACAACUACCCUCCAUUCCCAGACAGUGUGAAUGGAACAUUGAAGUAGUUCCCCCAACUCUUGCUGAAGUUCAAAAGGCUAUAGUUAAUCUAAAACGAGGAAGGGCAGCUAGUUCAUAUGGACUGGCUCCAGAGGUCUUUAUGGAUGGUGGUCCAAUUUUAGGGACUAGGUUGACUAAUAUUUUAGCUAAAAUCUGAGAGUUGGACGUAAUCCCAUCUGACUGGUCUCAAUCACUUAUCGUCCCAAUAUAUAAGAAGGGGUCGAAAUCAUCCUGUGAUAACCAUAAAGGGAUUAGUUUGACUAACAUGGCAUCUAAAAUACUAGCCUCGAUAAUCAUCAGACGCCUAACUAAGACUCGUGAACUGCAAACACGAGAGAAUCAAGCUGGCUUCAGACCUGGUCGUGGCUGCAUCGACCACAUAUUCACCAUUCGUCAGGUUCUAGAACAUAGGCAUACUUAUCGGCGUCCGACAGUGGUGGUCUUUCUUGACUUAAAAGCAGCAUUUGACUCGGUAGACCGCGAGAUUCUGUGGCAGUGUCUGUCAUUGAAAGGCGUACCUCGGAAGUACAUAAACCUUGUGAAGGCUCUUUACUCGAACACUGCUAGUCGAUUCAGAGCUUAUGGCGAACUGUCAUCUGCUUUUGCAACCUCAAGUGGUGUCCGUCAAGGUUGUCCACUUUCUCCAUUUUUGUUUACCUUCAUCAAAGACCUAUUGAUGGAAAUAACAUUCUCGUCGACUGAAUUCUCGGGUAUUGAUCUCCAUCCAGGAGGUCCACUUAUCGACUUAGAAUACGCAGAUGACAUAGUCCUGUUUGGUGAAGACGCUGAUAAAAUGCAGAGUCUUCUGGUAGCACUGAGCAACAAUGCCAGAAUGUUUGGAAUGCGCUUCUCUCGCUCUAAAUGCAAGUUGUUGCUUCAGGACUGGUCUGCGUCAACACCUGAACUAAGGAUAGAGAGUGAAGUAGUCGAACGCGUUGACAACUUCACUUAUCUUGGAAGUCUGAUCAGCCCUAAUGGUUUGGUGUCUGAUGAAAUCUCACCACGGAUUCGAAAAGCUCGUUUGGCUUUUGCCAACUUACGUCACCUAUGGCGAAGGCGAAAUAUCCGUAUAUCAACAAAAGGACGAGUAUACUGCGCGGCAGUCCAUUCUGUUUUAAUUUACGGCAGCGAAACAUGGCCAUUGAUAGUAGAAGAUACUCGUAAGCUACUAGUAUAUGACCACAGAUACCUUAGAAAUAUUGCUGGCGUCUUCUGGGAUCACCGGGUAAGUAAUUGUGAGGUUAGACGCAGGGUAUUAGGGGAUGAUGGUAAAUCAGUUGAUGAGGUUGUGAAUCUUCAUCGACUGAGAUGGUUAGGCCACAUGUUACGUAUGCAUGAACACCGAUUACCACGACGCGCAAUGCUAACCGGUGUUGGAGGUGGUUGGAAGAAAGUUAGGGGCGGCCAAACCAAAACGUGGCAUCAGUGCUUGAAGUCACUAACUUCUAGUCUGAGCCAUGUUGGUAGACGCAGACUACUUGGUUGGGGUCCGCGUGACUAUCGUAACCAAUGGUUGGAGACUUGGUGACAUGGCUCAGAAUCGAUCACAAUGGCGUCGGUGUAUACACUCUCUAUCUUCCCUUAAACUAAGAGAUUAAAAUUACUUCAUAUCUUUCUUUCUACGAACUAAUUCUUUCUUCCUGUACUAUAUCCUUAUUGCAAUCUUUCUUUUAUAUAUUACCACCUCUGAAUUAACUACUUUUAUGAAUCCGGUGUCCAUCUUGUUGUGUUAAUGAGGUAUGGCAACUUGGACCGAUGCAUAUAUGUGCCUGGUCCUACGUUGUAGCUGACUGACUGAAUUCCCAAACCUUUCCAACAGUUCAGUCAGUUCCGUCACCAAAGUUCGCCACCAUACUUAAGAAGAGCGAGAUGUAAGUUGUCUGGGCCUGAUGAUUUAUAGCACCACAGGAGUCAGUUUUUCAUUGACUUCCGCCCCGUUUAGUAGGUCAGUCGUCACCGGCCAUAGAAAACAAGACGGUGUAGUUGAUGUUACUACAGCAACAAACCAGCUAAACUAUUCCUGGACGUCCAACCAGAUUCACAGAUUGUUUUACUCACUAGACUUCAUGCUACGAGUGGCUCUAAUUAGUUGAAAGAGCUUUCGGGAGCUACAACUGCUGCUUUCAGCUCGUUUCCACGCUCUGAUCACCGGGUUUCUGGGUUCAGUAGUUUUUGGAAUCAUUCAGUGGUUCAUGACAAAUGCCCUCUAUUGAAAGCUCAUGGUUAAUCCAUUCAAAUAUCCAUCAGAUUCUUCUAAUUGUCUUAAACAGUAUCAUGGCUCCCAUAGAAUAAAUGCAUAAAAAUAGAAAUCAUAUUUACUUUCAAUUACCAGUUUGACUGUUCAUAUGUUAUGAUGAAAUCCCCACUUUAGUGUUUCAUUUUCUUGUGGUUUGUAUAAUUCCGUCUACAUUUUAUUCAACGGCUCACUACCGUUUGAGAUUUAAUCAAAGACAUCAUUGAUGAAAGAUCACGUAAGAUCUUCUUUAUGAGAUUCUGUAUAGUGCUAUUCGUUUGUGGACGUUUUUGUUCUUGCUUUAGGAACGUCAAAAGCAAAAGGAAAUUGAUGAAAUUCUAGCUGAACGUCGUAAAGACGAGGCGGAAUCACGCAGACGACUGGAACAGUUGCGUCAACAGAUCGAAGAGGAUCGUAAAGCAAGGGAAGAAAGAUGGUCACGAAUGUAUGGUUCGCAAUCUAAAAUAUCUAGUAAUUCAGUUCAUCCUCCACAAGAAUUUCUUAAAAGUUCAUCUUACUCAGAUGAGGUAUAAAUCGUGUUUGUUUAGUUGUGUACAUUUUUUGAGUUUUGUACCUCAACCUAAUUGAAAGUUUGAAUCAUUUCACAGUUAUUACUAUAACUCCUGCAUUUUCUCCGUAUUAUUCAGUGUAACUGGAUAGUUACGCUUGUUGAAUUUCAACUCUUGAGUUACAUACCCGGACCUUAUCUCACUUGAUUCUGUUUGUACAGUCCAUUUGUAUCACUAACCAUCAUGUGAAUAGCGCAACUCUAAUCUGAAUACUAGAAACUACACUUGGUUACUGGAUUACGCAAAGUAGCCGACUUAUGUGAUAUUAUUUAAAUAUAUUUCAGAGUAUUUUUUUAGCUUGUCAGUCAGUUAUCCAGUAAAUAAAAGUCUUUUCAAUCAUAGAUCUCUAUUCGCUUUUACUCUUUUGAGCAUCACUUCAUUAAAUUUUAUCGAAUUAAGUUAGUGACCUAUGUUUUGUAGGAAUCUCUAACCGUUAGACUUUCGACAUUCUAUUUUGAUGACAUAACAAAACGCUAUUUUUCUGUCCCUUGUAUGACUUAUACUGUAACAUUUUGGACAUGCACAGAUUCGUGCCAGGUCUUACGUUGUUCUUACGACUGGUUGACUGAAAUAAUGAGACAGUAAGUUUCUCAAACUUUAGAUAAAUUUUUAAACGUUCUAUGGCCAACUUACAAUUUAUAUUCCAAAAUUGAUUCCUCGAGAGCAAUGAAACUUCUUUAUUUCUUGAUUGAGAUCAUGAAUCAAUUGAUGUUAGACCACUGUUGGAAACCUGGAAGCACUGGACGGCCGUUUCGUCCUAGUAUGGGACUCUUCAGCAGUGGUCUAACAUCAAUUGAUUCAUGAUCUCAAUCAAAAACUUGACAAUCUCCACAACCCCUAUACUGAUAAUUAACAUGUGCUCACUAGUGACUAGCUUCGUGAGGGAAUUCUCGGAGUUUUAGUGAGAAGCCGUGACCAGUGGAGCUAAUCCGUGUCGGGUAGAGACAGGUAUCUACCCCAGUACAAUGGAAGUUGGUCGCGCAAUUUCGUGGAUUGGUUGAUGUUAGACACUAACACCAUUGGAUGCCGGCUCAGUGGUCUAGUUGGUUAAGCGCCUGGCGCGAGACCGAUAGGUCCUGGGUUCGAAUCUCGCAGGGAGCGGGAUCGUGGAUGCGCACUGCUGAAGAGUCCCAUACUAGGACGAAACGGCCGUCCAGUGCUUCCAGGUUCCCAACGGUGGUCUGACAUCAAUUGAUUCAUGAUCUCAAUCAAAAACUUAACGAUCUCCACAACCCCUAUACUGAUUCUUUAUUGCUCACGAAAACGAAAUUUCCACGAAAUGAUUAUCUUUUCCUGGGUUUCUGUUCCUCAGUCACAUAUUGCAUGUUAAUAUACUGAGUAAUCACAGUGAUAAUUUAGCCCUAGUUUUGCAUGCCGAUGAAUUACGUAACUGCUUAGAUCAUUCUGAGAAGCUAACUUUGAUGACUAUUUUAUAUUGAAUGUUUUGUUCCACUUCCUACUGUAGGUUCGGUUACAGUUAAAAUCAUCAGAAGGUGGUCGUGUAAUUCAUCGAUUCCCCUCUACGGCGACUAUUUACGAUGUACGAAAUUGGCUUCAAGAGUUGGUGUCCUGUGAUUUCCAAAUGGUGGAUAACUCUCAAGUUUUAAGUGAAACUGACCGUAAUAACUUUAAAAAUUUAGUCUUGCAAGGAUUUCGGUUUCUGCAGUUAUAUCCUAAAAGGAUCUUGGGACCAGAAGACGAAUCUCAGUCAUUAAGAGAACUUGGUUAUUAUCCAUCAGCUGCAUUGUUUCUUGUAUUAAACAAAUCUAAUCAAGCUAUCACGCGUUCAAAUGAUGGAAUCGUGUCCCAGUUUUACAAUAUUAUCAGUUCAGGCUUCAGCACUACUUAUGGUUUAAUUGGUUGGGCAGUAAGUGGUUUAUAUUCGUUGGGACAGAGUCUUGUAUCCAGUCUGACAGGUUCUCGCACUCAGCAAUCUAAUAGUAAUCCUCCUGGAAAUACUGUACCUCCAAGUGGUUCAAAACAAAAUCGUUCUGUAAGACGUCAAGUAAGUUCAAGAUCAUUCUGAAGGCGGAAUUGAUGUUAUAAUUCUAACUACAUGUAGUGUUUAUAAUAUCAUCGUUGAUUGUGCUAUAUUUAAUCUCUUUUAUAGGGUAAUGUUGCUCGUCUUUCGCACAUGCCUGAUAGUUCGGAUGAUGAACAAGCCCGAUGGAAUGGAAAUUCCACAGAACAACUGUGAUACAUACUACUGUUAAGCUGCUAUUAAAUGUCUUGUCUUUCCUUACUUUGAAUUGUAUAUUCAGUUAACACACUCCUAUUGUAACUGCAAAAAGCAUAGAAUAAAUAAUAUCUUUCUAGAUGAACGAAAUAUGAAAGACAGUUUUAAAUUAACUCAUUCACAAAUGUUUUCUAUCUCAUAACAUACCCUUAUAUAUUUGAUAUGGUUUCUUGAAAAAACUGGAAGCGCUAUAUCGUGUUAUUUAAUUUAUAAAGUCCAGUAAUUGAUUUUUACCAAGGCGCACAGAAAGUGUAUAUGAUCUUGUUUAGUUUUGUUGGUUAAAAGUGUUUUUAUUUACUAAACAUUUUCGUAUUUCAAAAAUAAUUUCAUAAAUACACCUAAUAACAGUAAAAACUUGUUGGAUACAUGUUGUACUUCAUACUAGGCAUAUAAUUAUCUUUGUUAGAUAUACUCACGAUAUGGAGCUACAGUCAAUUUUUUUAAACUUCCAUUUGUAUCUUCAAUCUAACCUUGUUACUCGUCUGAAUGUUCUCGAGCCGGUACCAGUUUUUCGGAUACUUUAAAGUUUUAAUUUCAUUCACGUUUAUUGUACCACUUAUUAUAGUCAUAGGAGUAGAUCUAACAAAUUGUGCUACUAUUGAAGAGAUUACGAAUCACCAAAAAUCGGAAAGCGGAACGAAAGUCAGCAACACAGCGAUAGGACAAGCUAAGCUAUUCUAGUGCGCCCCAGCCUUGUUAACUAAAGGAAGAAGACCAGAUUCAGCCGAAGGAAAUGCAUAUUCCACAAGCAGUCGGAAGUACGAACGAACAAACACACAACCCAUGCAUAUAUAUGUAUAGUAUAAAAAUGUUCUCGAAAAACGUCACAAAAUCGCGUACUAAAAGAGGAAACGAGCAAAUGCCACUUAAGGCCAUUGCAAGUGGGAAAUACAAACUGAAGAUGAAAGUGGGCGCGAAAAUGGGAAAUUCAAAUUCCGAAAUUAAAACUACAAACACGUGACGUUUGCCAAGUGAUUUCUGGGAAUCUAGUAUCCCCAACACUUUCAAUAUUAAUUGAGCCUCACUGACCGGUUAACUGUUCUAUGUUCAAAUAUUUGAUUUUGUAAAAAUCCGACGAUACUGUGUAAACUAUCCAUUGUAAUCAGUGGAUUAUAAGUAGUUCAGUAAAUGUAAAUACUUGUACCUUCUUGAUGGUGAUUGUUGCAGUUCUCCAAGUUUCAGCUCCGUACAGUAGAACUGCCUUGACGGUAUUUGUUAUAACUUUUCGUUUGAAUGCUUAUUAUCUUGGCUCUUUUAACGCUACUUUUUGUAUUUGGUCGUCGCUGAUUGUUAUGUCAGAAACGCUUAUCACCUAUACUCGGAACGAGGAACCUCUGCAAUUCCCACGAUGCGAAAGAACACAAAGACUGGUAUAAGUGAUGAUUUAUUAACCUCAAAACGUGACUACUUUAGUAGGAAAUACACUCAUUUAUAUAUUGAUUGUACACCGAUUUUGAUUAAUAAUUAGGAUGAAAUCACAUAUAUGAAAAAUACUUAGAGUUAUAACAAAUCACAUACUAAGCAUAGUUCAUGUCAAUGGAAUACAAGAAUAUCGUAUAUUAUACAGAAUAAAAUAUCACACGAGAAAAGAAAAGAAAUACUACAUUCAGUAAUCAUUACAUUGAAUCAAAACGGAAUUAAUCUUGAACAAAGCUCAUAAUGAAGACUCAAAGUUGAGAUCCAUCUUUAAAUUUUAUGACUUCAUCCUCCCCCAUGAAAUAAUGUUGGGUCCCCAUAUUCCCAAGCUACUUUAUUUAAAGCAUAUUUCCCGCAUUGUGUAGAGAACCCACUAGAACUGACUAGAUGGUGUGGAUCAGCGACACUAGAUACGAGAUCAUUAAGGUCUGAUUCUUGUGAAACAUUUUCGUCAGAUCUCUUGAAAAUUUCAUUAGUAGAUAAUCGAUCACUAGAAUAAUCAGCAUCUAUCAAGAUUUUAUUAGGUUCUUGAUCAUCGUUUGAUAAAUCCGACAAAUUUUCCUCAUUCUUGUAAGAAAUUUGAUCAAAGGCAUGUGAGUCAUUAAGAUGACUCAUAUCUGGUAAAACAACUAGAGAACCCCAAUAGGUACAUACAUCAGAAACUUUUUUCGUAGAAUGAUGAGCUCCAUUUAAUGCAACUGUCUUCAUUAUGAUGCUUGAUUCAUUUUCUGUUUCUUUGUGGCCGGGUACUGCAAUAAUUUCAUGAGCAUUUAAUAAGACAUCAUCUUUCUGUGAGCUGGACAAUCCAAUGUUUGCACAUAGUGUUUCGGGGACAAUGGGAUUUGAACCCACGGCAGGGCAUGUCUCUGGGCGCAUCAUAAAUGACUGCUACUAAUUCGUUUACAUUACCGCUCACCAAGGAUUCACGGAGAGUUUCAUCUACACGUUCAUGUGUUCUGCAGCCAUUUUCCAGCUCUGUAUGCAAAUUAGAAAUUAAUUUAUCAACCUCGGUCAUAUCUCAAAAACAUGGAUGAUUUAGCAGCCGUGUGCGUAAAUUGUCUAAGACAUUCAACUGGCUCUUCUUGAAACGCUGCUGUUGUCGCUCAAAUAGCAACUGUAAUUGAUCGGAAGAGAUAGCCAUUUUCUGAAUCAGCAUGGUAAUGAAAAAUGCUGUAUGACUAAUUAGCAAUCAAUGUCGUUGAAGGACACCGGUAUGAAUUUUGUAUGCUGAUUGCUCGAAAUAAUUACACUGAAUUUCGUCCAACUGCAGGCUGACGUUGAUUCGUUAAUUAAAGUUUCGGGAUUUUUUUCACCGCGUCACCAAUGAUAAGUCUUGCUAAUUUGAACGCUUUAUUCGGUUCCUAAGCUAUUCUAGUAACCCGCAAGCUAGAACUACGCAGCGACCUUAACACAAGAGGAAAGGCGCAAAUUAAGCGGAAAGCACUUUACUCCGAAGGUUCAUUUUUGUACAGAAAAACACGGGUAUUUAUAAAUUAUUAGCAUUUGUCAUAUCAACAUUAUAUUUUGGCCAAUCCGCUAAGAGACAUAUUAUGCUACUGACCAAUAGUAGCAUACCACGGUAAUAUUCUAGAAAACUCCCUCAUGCUCUGAUUGGCCGAAACUCUUCUGCUCCAUUAGGGCUUCUGGAGGUUCCGUUGUAUUUCUCAACAGUAUUGAAGAUUCUGACUUUGAUAUUGGUUGAAAGUUGUUUUGAGUUCCAUAUGUUCUUCAAUUGAAGGAAUGCGUCCCUUGCUUCGCCUAUACGUCUGCAUCUGAUGCUCCUUGUUUAUUGAUGAUGCUUCCCAGGUAUGUGAAGGACUCUACAUCUUCCAGAGUUUCGCCAUCAAGUGUGAUUGGAUUGCUGUUCUUCGUGUUGGAUUUGAGGACCUUGGUUUUCCCCUUGUGUAUAUUGAGGCCUACUGAUGCAGAGACUGCUGCCACACUGACUGUCUAUCUGCAUUUGUUCAUGUGUAUGUGAUAGGAGGG